AUGUGCACCACCAACGUAUACACCUACGUCUACUCAGACGGCCACAAGGAACAGUCCCGCCAGCCCGUCUUCUGCUCUGCUUCACGGCAGGGCAAGGUCUGCUCCAACAACGUCGUCUUCCAGCACCCCAACCAGUACAUCCAGCACUCAGAGGCAUCCUUCGGCACCUCGCCCAGCUCUCCCUUCGUCAGCCAGUUCCCGCCCACGCCCACUUACAGCCCGCGAUCCGGCACACCAAACUACCGCUCCGGUGACGAGUCCGACCGAUCGCGCCGCAGCACCUCGAGCUCGCGGCGCCGCUCCGCCAGCCUCUACAUCAAUGGACAGAAGGUCUACGACCUUGGCCGCGAUGGAUCACGGCGCGAGCGCAUCGUUCUAGUUGAAGGCCCGCCUACUCCACGAACUCCUCCCACUGCCUUCAACUUCCCCAGCGCACCGCCCUCGCCCAAUGCCUCCGCCAAUGCCUCCGCCUCGCCUUCUGUCUACGGCUCUUCUCCCCGCGACUCUGGUUCCAGCUUCUCCCGCCGGCCCAUCAUUGUCGAUGGUCGGGUUCCUCGGGAUGAGCGUGUGGAGCGCAACGAGCGUGUGGAGCGGGUUGAGCGGCCUCGCAUCCAGGUCGAGGUAGUCGAGGCAAUCCCUCCCGCCGCCCGCAGCACUUCCAAGCAUGAUCGCCACUCUUCCACCAGCUCUCGCGACAGCCGCGGACGGAGCAGCGCCGACGACGAGGAGACCGUUCGACGCCGACGCGAGCGGGAGGAGCGACGGGUCGAGAAGCAGCGCGACGAGGAAGAGGAGCGACAGCGCCGCAUCCGCCUCCGCAUCGCAAAGGCCAACGCUGAGAUCAACAAGCGCCCGCCCGUGCCGAUGCCUCCCGCCCCCAUCCGCGCCUCCUCCUUCAAGACCACCGCAGCUGCCGGCGAUGACGACGUCAAGAAGCUGACGGACAGCGUCAGGCGCAUGAGCUUCGAAGAGGAGCGCCGUGAGGAGAAGGCCCGCGACAUUGCCCGCAAGCAGGACCAGCGCGAGGAAGACGAGGCCCAGCGGCAGCGUCUUGCCGACCGCAUCAGGCCGCGCCGCCGCUCCACCAUCGGCUCCGGCGGCCGUCGCCACCGCGUGCUCUACGAUGAUGGCGGCUAUCGAUGGGAGUAA